AUGGCUAGUGAGGAUAGUUUUCUAGUGCUUGUACACCACAGAGGAUCGAUUAAGAGAAAAACUCGGUCUGGCGUAAAGUUCACUGAUAAGGAUCCUCUAUGUAUUAUCGUGAGUCCAACGACCAGCUACGAUGCUCUCGUUAGCUCUGUGCUGGCGAAGCUUGGUCUGGAAGGAGUGAAAAAGGUUAAGAAGUUUUUCUAUCGCAUCCCAACGGUGGUGCUCCAUGAUACGGUGAAGUAUGAUUGUUUCACGAUCGGGAGUGAUGAGGACUUGCAGGUUAUGUAUCUUUGUCGUAGGCAGUUUCCCGAGGUGAGGACACCAGAGCUAUUGGCAAAGCUGGUUGAUGUGCGACAGGCUGUGGCCUAUCCAUCGUUCGCUGUUCAUCUCAGCGGCAAUGUUAGAGACGAGGUAAGGUAUGAGGAACAUCUUCCGACCGAAUUACGGUGUCCUACACCGGCUGGUGUUGGAGAGGGAUUGUUUGAUGAUCCAGAUGACGAUGAUGUCGAGCCAGAUAUGAUCUCUGAUGACAGCGACGAUGAUCUUGGAACGAGUGAUCCGAGAAGGGCUACAGGUGGAUCUAGUUCUGGCACACAGCAGUACCCACCCCAUUUUUCAUCGUUGGACCUGGAUGCCAUGAGGAAUGACGAACAUCCUGGGCAGCCUGCUGGAUUUGGCCCUAGAGAUACGGAAGGGUCUGCCGGUAUGACAGAGUUCCAGGUUGGGCAACAAUUUCGGGAUAAAGAUGAGGCGUUGUUGAGUGUGAAGACUUACAGCAUCCGCCGAGGGGUACAGUACAAGGUAGUUGAGUCAGACUAUCGAAGGUAUGUGGGAAAGUGUUUUGAGUUUGGGAAUGGGUGUACAUGGUUGAUUCGGUUGAGUCUCCGGCAGCGCAAGGGCUUCUGGGAAGUCAAGCGGUACAAUGGACCGCAUACCUGUCUCGCCACCUCCAUCUCCAGCGACCAUAGGAGUCUGGACUACCAUGUGAUAGCGACGUUCAUUAUGCCAAUGGUUAGGGCUGAUGCAUCCGUCAAUAUCAAGGUGCUUCUAAAUGCCACGACCGUACAUUUUGGGUUCAGGCCUACGUAUAGGAGGGUAUGGAUGGUGAAGCAGAAGGCUGUUGCCAUCAUCUAUGGGGACUGGGAUGAGUCGUACAACGAGCUCCCUAGGUGGGUGUUAGGAGUUCAGUUGACGAUGCCUGGUACUGUUGUAGCCUUGAGGACUUGCCCUGUUCGAGUUGGGGGACAGCUGGACGAGUCCCAUGCUUAUUUUCAGAGGCUAUUCUGGACGUUCCCCCCUUGUAUCGAGGCUUUUCGUCAUUGCAAGCCGUUGGUGAGUAUUGACGGCACCCAUCUAUAUGGCAAGUAUGGGGGAACAUUGCUUGUGGCGAUUGCACAGGACGGGAACUCCAACAUACUCCCGGUGACAUUUGCAUUAGUCGAGGGUGAGAAUGCUGAGUCUUGGUCCUUCUUUCUCUCCCACCUCCGCCAGCACGUGACACCUCAGCCAGGUCUGUUAGUUAUUUCAGAUAGGCAUAACGGCAUCAAGACAGCACUCGAGGCGCCUGAUGGGGGAUGGCUACCUCCGGCUGCAUACCGGGCAUUCUGCAUUCAACACGUAGCAACAAAUUUUGCCCUCACCUUCAAGGGCAAGAACACCCGGAGGCUUCUUGUGAACGCCGCAUAUGCAUAG